UAAUUAAUGUUAUAGAUAAAUAAUAUAAUACUUAUUAUUUAUUAAUAGCAUAAUAAAUAACAUUUCUAUGUUGUUUUACUUACUACAAAAGCACUACACUUAAUAUUAAACUCAUUUUCAAAUACUACUACUUACAAAUUGAUUAAUACAUUUACAUUUAUCAUAAUAAGAACAAAUUUAUGCAUUCUCUAUUUUUAUCAAAAGCACAACGAAUAUUGUUUCCUCUUAGUUUAGUGUUAUUUGAAUUUUCUGUUUAUAUAGCAAAUGAUAUGAUUCAGCCCACUAUGCUGGCAGUUGUGACAAAUUUUCAUGUAGGCAUUGAAUGGGUACCUGCUUCUAUGACAGCUUAUCUAGCGGGGGGAGCUUGCUUGCAAUGGUUAUUUGGUCCUUUAUCGGAUCAGUGUGGCAGAAGGCCAAUUAUGCUUAUGGGGGUAUUUUUUUUUAUUAUUACCUGCUUAAUAAUUCUACUAGUCUCUAGUAUUCAGCAAUUUAUAAUUUUACGUUUUCUACAAGGCAUAGGAUUAGGUUUUAUUGGUGCUGUAGGUUACGCUACUAUUCAAGAAACUUUUGAAGAAGCACAAUGUGUAAAAAUUAUUGCACUAAUGGCUAAUAUAGCAUUAAUUGCACCUUUAUUAGGACCAUUAGCAGGUGCUUCAUUAAUUAAUAUACUCUCCUGGCAAGGCAUGUUUAUAAUAUUUGUUAUAUUAAGUGUCAUUGCUUUAGUAGGGUUAUGGUUUUUUAUGCCAGAAACAAUUAGACUAAAAGGAAAAGCAUUAUCUUUUUAUACUCUAUGGCAUAAUUAUAAAUAUGUACUAAAAAAUAAACGUUUUAUAUAUGGGGCAAUAGCUAAAGGAUGCGCGGAUACACCAUUACUUGCUUGGAUUGCUUUGUCUCCAUUAAUAAUAAUUAGUGGAGAAAAACUUUCUACCAUUACAUAUGCAUUAUUACAAAUUCCAGUAUUCGGUGGACUUAUUGCUGGUAAUUUAUUAUUAAGUCGUUUUACAGGAAUAACAUCUUUAUUACAACUAAUAAAGUAUGGGGGUAACCCAAUGAUUACUGGCUUAAUUUUAGCCGGUAUUUCAACAUUUUUCCCAUUAACUGAUUAUCUAUGGAUAAUUGCAGGCUUAAGUUUAUAUUCAUUUGGUCUUGGUAUAACUAACGCAUGUUUGACUAGAUUAACAUUAUUUUCUAGUAAUAUUAGUAAAGGCACUGUCUCUGCAAGUAUGGGCAUAAUUAGUAUGAUUGUAUUUACAAUAGGUAUAGAGAUAUCUAAAAUCACUUACUUUUGGGGUAAUAAAAAUGGAUUUAAUUUAUUUAAUUUAUUAAGUGGUGGACUUUGGUUAAUUUUAGUUAUUAUUUUUGUGCGUAUAUCACCAAAAGAAUCAAUAAUAUUACAUGAUUCUAAAUAAAUCUAAAAUAAUUUAAUUAUAUAUUUAUGUUAUGUUUUUACUUUAAUGUAAAAUAUUUCUUUAAAUUAUAUAAUUUAUAGAAAUAUUUAUUAAUUAUUUUUAUAAAAGUAUUUAAGGUAAAAUCCAUAGGCCAAAAGAAAAUAACAGCAAAUUUUUCCUUGAUGUAAGAUUUAAAAUGAAAAUUAUCAGUAAUUUUACCAUCACCUAGCAUAGCAGAAGCGGUAAAAUCUGGGGCUUGACUAGUUACUAGGACCAUUUUUACUCCUGUAAAAUAAUAUUUAUGGAUUAAUAAUAUUUAAAUUUAUCUUAACAAUUAUUCUAAGAAAGACAUUCUCUAAAACUUUACUAUUAUAACUAAAUGAUUUUGAUUUACAAUCAAUAAUAAAAAAAUAACAUUUACCUUAAAAAGAUAAUUUAAUAUAAAAUUAAUUUAGUAGUAAAUAAAGUUCACUGCGCUAAUGAAGCAUGAUAAAAUGUACCGAUCAUUAUAAUAAUAUAACAAAUUUUAUUUCUAUUUCGUAUAAUCAGUAAAAAUUUAAUAUUUAAUAAUAUAUUAUAUA